UAUUAAUCAUCAUUGUCAUUUGUUUGGUUGAAACAAUUACUAGUUUUAAUGUAUAAUGCAUAUACAUAAUGGAACUCUUCACAUUAUUUUGCUUGGAAAAAAUACAACCUCUAAGCAUUCAAAUUAACAGCACUCAUGGCAAGGGAUGUCAUUUGCAGUUCCAUUAUUCACUUUUUUCAAUAACAAUCUAUCUCCACAUUAAGAAUUAGAAACCUUACAUUAAUUAAGUAUCUAACCUGUAUUUAUACAACUAUACAUAUCCCUUUUACACAAUCUACACAAUAUUCUUAAAAUGAAAUUUGCAUUCAUGACACCCGUGAAUAAUAAUUCCAUCAUCACAUUCCUCAUCAUAAUAUAGCUUUUCAUCACCUCAUAUAGUAUGAAAAAGGUAUAUCUUUGUCAUAUUUAAUUUCUUAACGGAGAAUUAAUAUUUUUCGAUGAUAUCUUUGAAAAUAACCAAAUGAAUAGGUUAGAAGAAGCAUUAUUAGAGGAUGUUUAAGCUAUAAAGAAAGAUCCUGAAAAUUCAGUAUAUUAUAAUAGCAAAGGUAUAACUCAAAUGAAUAGAUUAGAGGAUGCAUUAAUUUAUUAUGAUGUAGCUAUUUAGAAAAACCCUGUAAAUUCUUAUACUAUAUCAGAUUUUUACGAGUACCAAAAAGAGAGAAAAUGGUUAAUGGAACAUAAUCACUAUUUCCAUAAAUUUUGUCAUAGUACUAUCCUGGCUUAAUAUCAGGAGAGAAGCAGACUGUGCUCACUUCUUUAGCAUGACCGUUUGAUUAGGCUUUUUAUUAUCCUGUCUUAAAAUCCCAUAAACGAAUAGACUUAUCAUCACUACCAGAUGCUAAUAUAGCAUCAUCAGAUGAAAAACAGACUGACCACACUACAUUACUUUGACCGCAUAAUAUGGCUUUUAUUAUCCUGUUUUACAUCCCAUAAACGAAUAGACUUAUCCUAGCUACUGGAUGCUAAUGUAGUACCUUAAGGUGAGUAACAGACUGAUUGAAC